AUGGGCUUAGCUGCUCCCCGAAAGAACACCAAGAUCUCCCAUGACCCCAACAAUACGAAAUGGGCUCGAUCCACAUCCGGAUUCGGCCAUAAAAUUAUGAGCGCCCAGGGCUGGACCCCGGGUGGUCGAUUGGGAGCCCGAGAUGCUGCGCACGCCGAUAUGUUGACCGCCGCCAGUCACUCUCACAUCAAAGUGACGAUUAAGGAUGAUACUCUGGGUCUGGGGGCCCGCUUGGGGCGGGAGAACGAACAGACCGGGCUUGAUGCUUUCAAAGGGCUUCUCGGUCGGUUGAAUGGCAAAUCAGAUGUGGAGUUGAAGAAAGAUCAGCGCAAGAGGGAUGAUGUGAAACUGGCUCGAUAUGUCGCCUUGAAAUUCCCCGAAGUUCGUUUCGUUCGUGGAGGGCUUCUUGCCCAAGAGAAAAUUGAAAGGUUACCCGUGGAAAAGCCCCAAGAUAACCAAAAGGACAAUAAGUCGGAUAGCAAUGAUUCAGAAUCCGAUGAAGACGUCACUUCCAGCGACUCGUCUACAUCAGCCCAGAAAUCCACUAAGCGCAAGUCCAAGUCCAAGUCUAAGACCGAGUCGAAAUCCAAGUCGAAAUCCUCAAAGAAAUCCAAAUCCUCAAAGAAAUCUCGCUCGCGUGCGGAUAGCGAUGAGGAUGGCGACUCGUCUUCACUUGCCGAGUCCAAGACGAAACAGAUAUCUAAGAAGAGGAAGGCGGACACAGAUGUACCAGCUACCCCAUCGGAGACCCAGACUACUGCUAUUGUCUCAAGGGAGCGAAGGCCGAUGGGCCGACAACUUUUUCGAAGCCGCCACAUUGCACAGAAGAAAAGAGCACUUAUGGAUGAUAAAUCUCUUAAUGAGAUUUUCAUGGUGAAAGCAAAAGCGUAA